AUGCGACUGGCAUCUACAUGGAUCGGUGAUUCCAACAAGAGCCUUAGAAAUGAUUGGUACGAUGCUAUUACUGAAAAAUUUAUCACCGCCAUUGGGCAGACUACCGAGUUUUGUACUCCGAUGAAUAGUCUUGAUUUGUACGUACGUCGUCUGGACCUUAAACAGUUUGAAUGCUUAUGCGAGUUCGUCCGUAAACGUUAUGCUGGUCAUAUUGAUGUGUUAAGACGCAAAAUGGGAUAUCUGGAAUUGACGCGUUUUGAACGAAGUUGUAUUACUGAGUAUUUAACUCGUCAGCAAACACUAAAAGCCAAGUAUACGAGAAACAAUAACGACUUCAAGGAAGUGAACGGUGUCAAUUCGUGA